ACGAGUGCAUGUUUCCUUUAAAAGCGAUAAUGAAAGCGGGUUGCUUUGGCAGACACACCGUGAUACAGAUGCGCUGUGUGGUGCUGUGGGAGGGAGGGAGAGAGAAUGACAGCGGUUCACUCUGUCUCUUAACCGUGUGGACGAUGAGCCCAAACAAAACCACACUUGUGAUGAAAAUGCUUUAUCUAUAAAGGAGAUUUGUCGUUACACGGAGUACCAUGCGAGCGAGGGACACCGAUGUUUAAUAGAUUUGGGGCACUCACCACAUUCCUGACAUUGUUACUAAAGGCCUUACUAAAAGAGGGACUAUGGGCUCUAACGGAGUAGAGAGGCGUAAACAGGCCACCCCUGGCCUGACCCCUGAGGGCAACGUGGUGAUGAGCUUCAGUUUUGAAAGCUACCAGCUUGAGGAAGAAGACUGUCAAGUGAAAGAUAUCUCGGAUAAAGGGGUGCUGGCCCUUUCAGAACAUGCCUUUGAGGAGCCUGUUCCAGAAGAUCGCUACCAUGGGAUCUAUUUUGCCAUGCUCCUGGCUGGAGUUGGAUUCCUGUUGCCUUACAAUAGCUUCAUUACAGAUGUGGACUACCUCCAUCAUAAAUUUGAAGGCACUCACAUUGUAUUUGACAUGGGUUUAACGUACAUCGUUGUUGCUCUUGUGGCCGUGAUCCUAAACAACGUCCUGGUGGAGAUGCUGAGCCUGCACACCAGGAUCACUGUGGGUUAUUUCUUUGCACUUGGACCUCUGCUUUUUGUCACCGUCUUUGAUGUGUGGCUGGAAAAGUUCACCACGAAGCAGUCGUACAUCAUCAAUCUGCUGUCUAUGGGCAUUGUGGCAUUUGGAUGCACAGUGCAGCAGUCCAGUUUCUAUGGAUACAUGGGGAUGCUACCCAAACACUACACACAGGGAGUGAUGACCGGAGAGAGCACGGCAGGAGUGAUCAUUUCACUCAGCCGUAUUUUCACCAAAAUACUGAUCAAAAACGAGAAGGAGAACACCAUCAUCUUCUUCGGCAUUUCCAUCACUAUGGUGCUGAUGUGCUUCGUUCUGCACUUGCUGGUGCGGAGGUCAAGAUUUGUGCGGUACUACACCGGUCUGGCACGUCGGGGUCUGUCCUAUGCCAAAGACCACUCACACCAUGGAAACCAGUAUCAGGUCCACCAUGAUGUCAUUACAGAAGAAGUAAGAUUUGGCAAUGGUGCUGUGGGUGCUUCCCCACCUGAAGAUGGCUGCACAGACUUUGCCGGCAGCAACACGUACGUGAGAUUUGAUGUGCCCAAACCAAAGAUUAAACGCAACUGGCCAGGUAUCAAAGACAUGAUUCUACAUCGCUAUGUAGUCGCCCGGGUGAUCUGGACUUACAUGCUGUCCAUUGCUGUGACUUAUUUCAUCACCCUGUGUCUUUUUCCUGGACUGGAGUCUGAAAUCAAGAAUGUCAAAUUGGGGGAAUGGCUGCCCAUCAUUAUCAUGGCCAUCUUCAACAUAUCUGACUUUGUGGGCAAAAUCGUGGCGGCCGUGCCAUACGACUGGAACGGGACACGUCUUCUCUUGUGCUCUUGUGUGCGAGUGGUCUUCAUCCCUCUGUUCAUCAUGUGCGUGUACCCCGCUCAGAAGCCCACCUUCAGCCACCCGGCCUGGCCUUGCAUCUUCUCUCUCCUCAUGGGCAUUUCUAAUGGCUACUUUGGCAGCGUUCCUAUGAUUCAUGCUGCGGGCAAAGUGGCACCUGAGCAGAGGGAACUAGCAGGGAACAUAAUGACUGUGUCCUACAUGUCUGGACUAAUGUUGGGCUCUGUGGUUGCCUAUGCUGCCUACAGCUUCACCGCUCCGGGCUCUAGAUUUCACUCUGAGACCGGCUACAACUUCACCCAGGGUUACUAGUGCCCUAAUCCAAACCAAAACAAGACAAACCAUGUCUCCUGUCAUCAAUCUCAUCAGGUGGCGCUAUUGUGCCACUUUGUGUAGCAACUCAGCAGUCUCCAUAAAUCAGUACUGUGCUGCAGGGUUCCUCUGACCCACCUGCAAUGCUGUGUGCCUCUGAAUGUAGUCAAAUGGAUAAAGAGUUAUAUGUGUUGCCUUUCCUUGUUCUCUAAAAGUGUUUUCUCGAAGCUGCCAAAUGUUAGCUGUGUGAUGAAGGCGGUAGCACUGUGAACAUAAGGGUGAAGAAGUCUGAUGUUUUUUGUUGGUUUAUGAUUCGACUUCACAUUCUGUGGUGUUGUAAAUGGUUUUGACGAGAAAAACGUUCAUUCUGAAGAGACUGAUGAACUGUAGUAAACGAGGGUCGGUUUAUGUUCAUUCAGAAUUAUGUCUAAACUGAUGCAUGUUUUCUUGAGUGCAAUAUGAAUACUGGACUUUUUGCUGAAGCUCACUGAAUGUAAACAUGGCUUAGUAAAUUGUUUUUGUAAAUUUCCAGGCUUUCCUCUUUAUUUUAUGAGUGAAUCCUGCUGGAAAAAAAACUAGAGAAAUUACUAGAGAAAAAAUAUUGGAUUGUAAUGGGAAUUGUAUUGGUUUUAAUUAUGUCCACUGGUAUGUGAAGGAUUUUGUUGGUUGGAUGUUAUCUGGUAGAUUAAUCGUUUUGGAAUAAUGGCCUAAAUACACUACUGUGCAAAAGUUUGUAACGGUUUUAAUGGAAAUGGCUCAUGAUGGUAUUUUAAUGGAAAUAAUUAGAAUUUCUGUUUUUUUUCCGGCAGGUCCCUUAUCUUCAGUAGUUCUGUAUGUUACAAAAAUUUGCAGUGGUUUAACUUUAGCAAACAUAUUUUUAUCACGAUAUUUGUAUAGUCAAUUAAACAGUAUAGGCACAAACGGAAAUCCAUCCACCAAAAACAUGCGCUUUUACUAUAAUGUAAACCAUAGGCUAUGCAAUACAUUUUCAUAAGGGUACAAAUUCAGUACUCUGCAGAACCAAAAUAAUCCAUUUUGUCAUGAUUGAAAUAUCUCUCGCGCGAUUGUCUGUUUUCACCUAUAUGGUUUUCACGCGCAUGUCGCUGGCCAAAAAUAUUUUCACCGUUCGGCCUAUAGCGUCGGCGCUUUGUGCAGAUGUCUUGGGAAAUCUAUUUUAGCGAUAUUUGUCAGCUAUUUUAAAAGCCCUUGUUUGCUACACGGUAAGAGGAACAUGUAACACUUUUACAACAGCAGAUGGCGCUGCACCACAGCGUCAAGAGACGCUUCAAACAAAAAGCAAAGCAUGUAGAGGUUAGAAAUUACGCGCUCUUGAGAUUACGAAUGAACUAAUAACCACAGUUUUUUCAACACCGUCUUUUAUUUUGGAUAGCUAGGGGCAACGUUAGGUGUGUACACUUUCGUUUACAGAUUUCUAUAUAAAACAUGAAUUAAACAGUAUGCAGUAUAAUGUGCUGUCCACAUCCUCAAAACACAUGGUGCACACUGCUGCUGACAGGAUACUGUAGAUGCUCUGUGCUGUGCUCAUAUGCUGCUUUGAGCAGUUAAAAGAUACGGGGGUGGUAAGUUGAUGAGCAAAGACUGAAAUCCAUAAUAGCACCAGGCAAUUUACAGCUACUCUAUGAAAGACAACUGAUGGUGUGGAUAGUAAAGUCCGGAUUCAAAUUGGUCUAGUAUGGAUUCAUAUAUUCCCAUAAUUCUAUGCAGAUGUAUAUUAUUAUUAAUUUGUAUAAACUAUUAAAAAAAAACAUUUAGUUAAGAUUUGCAGAGCCCUCUUGAAGCAACAUGAAGUUUUUCUGGGGCAUCAGGGUGAAAGCAGAUCCCAGUUGUUUUCAGUUCGAUGAAUUGGUUCUACUAAUUGAAAUAAAAGACAGGAUAAUGGAGUAAGAAUAUUAAGUUGAGGAGUGAGGAAUUGUAUUGGAAAUGACAUGAUUCAGAUAAGAUCUUGUUUCAUCCAUAUGGGCGUUAACUCCAACAGUUUCAACAAAUCCCAAAUCCACCACCACAGAAAGAAUAAAUAUGUAAAAAUUGAUAUGUACAAACAGUAAAGACAUUUACUAGAAAAUAUACAGCCGCCGAAAAAAUGAAGAGACCAUUUUAAAAUUAUUUUCAGUUUUUCUGAAUGUACUAUUUUGUAUGUGUUUAUGAUCAUUUUUGUUCCACUCUGUGAACUACUAACAAUAUUUCUACCAAAUUUCAAAUAAAAAUGUUGUUUCUAUGUGCAGAAAAUGAAAACAGAGAAAAUAUGCUCUGUAUUUUUUCAGACCUCAAGUAUUGCAAGUUAGUUCAUAUUCUAUAUUUUGAUGUGAUUUUUAUGACAGUUUUCACGUGUCUUGUCAUGCUGUCAGUCUUUCACAUUGCUGUUGGAUGACUUCGUCACUCCUGAGGUUUGAUUUUGUUGAAAUUCAACAGACACUGGACUGGAAUGGCCACAAUACAUCUAGAAAUGCUGAUUAAAUUCAAAUUUGAAAUACUCUCCUAAUUUUUCCCCAGCUGUACAUAUAUAUUUAUAUAAAUAUAUUUAUUUAUUGAGUCAUACAUACGUUAAGUCAAAAACUGUGCUGUGCAGUCAUAUUGUGCUCUUUUAUGAAGAUUUGAGUGUUGCCUUAAAUGGAUAGUUCACAAAUAAAAAGUCUGUCAUCAUUUAUUCUCCCACAUGUUGUUCAAAGCCUAUAUAUAACUCUUUUUCUGUGGAAUGCAAAAUAAAUU